AGUAACUUAGAGGAUUUAAUGGAGGGAGCACGUAUUGAGUGAACCCGUGACGAACUUUAUCAGUACCCAUUAAAAACGUUAAUUAUAAUAACGAUCGAUGAAGAAACUGCUGUGCAGGAUACCAAAUACUUGUGUUAUCUCAUAAAUAAAACCGUGCUUCUAUUUAAUAGUGUUUGAUCAUUAACCCGUGGAUUACAUUUUCGAAAUAUCUUAUCGCAUCAUGCCAUCAUCGUUAUCAGUUCGGAGAUAAUCGCAUCGCACGUCAUUUAAACGAAUUUAAUAUACUUUUGAAACUAAGGGACUAUAUAGAAAAAGUGCCCGUUGCAGUCAGCCUCACACCAGCGACGCGGGUUGCAGAUGAAACAUAUUGUGUCUGAAAAACAAUUUAUUGUUCUAUUUUCGAAGUAGUUUUAGUCUGUUUUGAAGGAAAAGUUCUAUUGUUGAAAUUUAUUGUUUCAAAUUUAUAAGAACGUGUUGACGCGAAGGAGUUUCAUAGUGUUUAGUGAAGUGAAACUUUUUAGAUUUAAAAACUUAAAAAAUACAAAAUGGCCAGCACUGGAAGUGAGAUCUGGCUACAGUGGUUCGCGUGCUGCUAUCAACCGGCGGCGCAGGCACAGCGCACACGCCGAAGAAUAGACAGAUCCAUGAUCGGAGCUCCAACGAAUUUUCAACAUACAGGACACAUAGGAUCAACUGAUGCGGAUAUGCCUUCGUCGCUGCUUCACUCCAUCCAGAACCAGAUGCAAAGUAAAGGUGGCUACGAGAUGGCAUAUGGUGUUAAGGUUUAUUGAUCCGAAAGAGGUGCAUGUAGAGACGCUUGUGACAAAACAGAGUGAAAUUUAUUAAUGUAUUUAUUGUCAAAGCUUUAGUUAUAUCGCUAGUUUAAGAAUAUUGAGUGUAUAUACAUUUAUAGCAAUUCAAAUAUAUUUAGAUACGAGUUACCUACAACAGAUUAUAUUGUUUGCUAAUAAAAACGAACAUUAGGUACCUUCAAAUGAUACAAUAAAAUGGCGAAACAUAAACAUGAUGUAGAUUGUUAUCUCUUUUAAUAAAGUUCUGUUUACAGUUG